AUGAUAGGCUUAGUAGAAGUGGCCGACACUGGUAAUCACAGCCUCCAAUACGAUAUCGCGGAAGGAGGCCAAGGAGUUAUAGCCAUAGAUGAUUUGGGAAUGCUAACCUAUCAUGGAGAACAUACCAAACGCGGUACUACUGUGGCCACUAUUGAGAUGACCGAUGCUGAUGACGAUGCAGCAGUCCAACUCUCCAUCGAAUCCAUUUCUGGAAUAUUCCUAAAUGGCAGUGAAUCGCACCAACUGAAUGCGAAAAUGUUCAAAACAAAAAUGAAUGGUCGGAAAGCUGAUGUAGUGUUGGACGAGCGGAUUUAUGACCUUCCACUUGCUUCGUUAUCCAUUGAAAUGCGAGCUCAAGAUCAUGCACAUGCAUCGGAGCCGUUUGCUUUAGUUACCCUGCACUUGGCUGUAACAAGAAAACAUCCUUUAAUAGUUCAACGGCCAAUUCCAUUCAAAUUCAUUGAGGUCCCCAAAAUCGUUAAAAUUUCUGCUGAUUCUCCUAUUGGAACCAUCGUCUACACUCCACGAUUACUUCAAAGCAUUAUUUCUAAUGCAACCGAGUUUAGCUAUGGGUUAGAUUCCUUAUCAGAUGGUUUCGGAAUCGACAACUCUACGGGAACCAUAACAACACUUCGUUCUCUCCACGACCUCACAGAAGAUGAGCUCACCAUCACAGCCAGCUCCCUUACUGAAGAACAAAGUGCUCAAGUCAAUCUGACCGUAAUCAUCACUCCAGCGCUAACUCAUACAGUAACCUUCAUGGAGCGACAAUAUCAAGCCAGCGUUGGCCAAUCGGACCCUUUAGAUACGGCUGUACUAGCUGUGAAGGCGAAGACGAAUCGUGGAGAGGAAUUGAAGAGUUAUAGCCUUGAGGGAUUAGAUGCAGAUUACUUCACCAUUGACAAUAAGGGCGUAAUUCGACUAAAGGAAUCCGUUGCAACUGUGCCUAAAUCGUCCUUGAGCUUCGUAGCUACAGCGGGUAAUGGAAUGGCAAAGAGUUCUGUUCCUGUCCGUGUACUUAUAAAGAAAGAAGAAAGCGAAGAAAUUGCUUUUGAGAAGAACUCAUACGAGAUAAAAGUCAUGGAAAAUAUCCCAUUGAAUGGAUAUGUGUUGCAUCCGCAGCUUAUAAAUGGCAAACAUGAAGGUGUGGAUUAUUCGUUGAACACGCAAAAUGAUGCGACAGUCAUUGCACAAUUACUAGAAAUUGAUGGCAAUGGAAGGAUUACAGUCAAGGAGGAACUUCUAGGCUACGUUGGUACUUACGAAUUCCAAGUUCGAGCUGUCAAGGGGGAACACCAUGCCUCUACUGACGUUACUAUGCGUAUUCUACCAGCCUAUAGAUGUGUGCCGGCAUUUAUAGGAGAUAGAAAUCUUGAAUUUUUAAUUAAUGAGCUGGUACUGGGUCUUCAAGCUGGUGCGCAUCAGUUCGCUCAAAUGUCGAGCACAAUACGAGUAAGGGACGUUGAUGACCAUCCUCUUGAAGCCGUUUUGAGUAGGGUUACGGUAGAGGUUCCGGAGGAUGCUGCAGUAGGAACGAUUAUAGCUACUAUGCGAGCCAUAGAUGCUGACAAGAUGCAGAAGAUCUUCUAUCGCUUACGAGAGACAUCCAAAGAAUUUUCGGUAAACUCGUCCACCGGCGAAGUAGUUCUUACAUCUGGUCUAGACAGGGAGACGAAGAGCUUAUAUGCGCUACAAAUUGGUGCCUCUAACGACGAAGAUGCCCGAAUUGACGAUAUUGAAGUUUGGAUGUCAUUGAAUAUUAUUGUAACAGAUGUGAACGAUAAUGGCCCAUUAUUCGAAGAAAGCCGUUACUCUGUCCUAGUAGCGAAGAAUGCACUUCCCGGCGAACAGAUUUUGACAGUGCGGGCCUUCGAUCCGGAUCAGCCUACAGCUGACAAUGAUAUGAAAGAAGUGUAUUAUCGUAUAAAAGAGAUGCUCUUUGACUAUCAUGGUAUGAGUAGGGCGGUGGAAAACAUGUUCUCCAUCGGACAAACCAGCGGAGUAGUGCGGCUUGAACAGUCUGUUAGCGAAUUUGUUGGCGGCGUAUUUCAUCUGCUCUUGGAAUCCAGAGACAGUUUAGAAUCAGAUGCACAUCGGGAUCAGUGCAUUGUAAAGGCUUAUGUUCAUGACGAUAGUGAUGUGGUACGAAUGGAGCUGCCCAUACCUCCGGCUGCAUUAACAUAUGAGAAAAUUUCUACCAUGAAGGGAACUAUUGCUAACGCAACUGGUCUCAAAGCUAUGAUCAAAGAUUUGCAGUAUCAUCAUGAAGAGGGGAACCUAGUUUACGACGUUACCGAUCUUCGCUUGGUAUUAGUGAACCGUACUACAUCUGAAAUUAUCCCGGCAGAACGCGCUAUCGCUAUAGCGGACAAGCGCCGAUCGGCAAUGGGCGAUAGGAUACCUAGCAUGACGAAGGCUCAG